UUUAUAUUCGUGUGUUUCGAUUCCUUUGACCAGUUACCGGAAUUUUGACCUUUAUUCUUCAUUUAUCCGCGUUACUUACUGAAUAAACAAGAGUCCAUUGCAUGUGAUAUACUGGUUUACGUCUUUCAAUAUAUUCUUGGAAUUUUCAUGUACAUAACUAUGGUAGAAGAUAAACCUAUUUCUUAUCAGGAGAGCGCCACAGAAUACAAUACACUAGCCAGUAGUAAAAUGGAUCCAAUAUACUCUGGUGAACAUUGCGAAGCUUCCUCUGAAUACGUUACUGCAAUUUACUCGUACAUGCCCCAGCAUUCAGAUGAAAUAAAUCUACGAACGGGUCAAAAAAUUAAGAUUUUGUCCAAAGACUGUCGACAUUCUGGAGCUGAAGGAUGGUGGGUUGGCCAAGAACCAAAAACAGGUUAUGUUGGUGUGUUUCCUAGUGGAUAUGUUUUAAAUGCAGAUGACAUUGCAAACAGUAACAAUACGGACAAAACUAUAACUGUAAAAACAAAGGAAGAGAUAUCUCUCGACAAAAAGUUACCCGACAGUGACGUAAUCCUUAGACACGGUCAUGUUAGAACAAUUCCUGCUACUGAGUUAGUGCAACAACAGUUUAUUGGCUCAGGAGCAUUUGGAAAAGUUUAUCGAGGUCUUUGGUGUGAACAGGAUAUUGCACUAAAAGUAUUUGAUCUAGCUACAAAUCAGGUAGACAACGAAGCUUUGCAUUUGUGCAGAUUAUCUCAUCGGAACAUUGUGAGAUUUUAUGGGAUCUGCAGGUUAGACAGCUCUAAUUUCCCAGCACUUGUAAUGGAAUAUGCUUAUGGUGGUUCUCUGAACAUGGUUCUCAAUCAACGACCUUUAUUAGGUCCCCUUGUUCUACUUGAUUGGGCAUUACAGAUCGCUAGUGGAAUGGCAUAUUUACAUACAGAUGCCAGAAUUUGUCAUCGAGAUUUAAAAUCAUCUAACAUUCUUAUCAGAGAAGCUAUUCAAAAACCAUUUUCUCUAAAUGAACUUCAAAAGUGUACCCUAUUGAUAACUGAUUUCGGAAUGGCUUGUCGUUCUAGUCAACUAGCACCACAACAAUCUAAACUAGGCACUGUUGCAUAUGCAGCUCCAGAAGUUUGUCGUCAAGAGGGAUUUUCUUUCAAAUCGGAUAUUUGGUCAUAUGGUGUUGUGUUAUGGGAGUUGCUUACAUUAGAUAUACCAUUUCGCGCAAUGGAGCAACCUAGAUUAUUGUUUAUUAUUGCAAUGUAUAAUUAUACUCUGUACAUACCACCAGGCGUGCCAGAUCUCUUUGUCCAAUUACUUAAAGAUUGCUGGUCACCUACUCCUGUUAGUAGACCUAAAUUUGAAAAUAUUAUGGCUCGACUUAAAUCAUGCAAAGAUUGCAGUUUUGUAGAUUUAGAACCUAGUGAAUUAGCUCAAAUUCAACAGGAUUGGCGUGAACUUAUAGCAGUCCACUAUAAAGAAGAACAACAAACCGUAGCUGAAGCACUAUCAUCAUCGUUCAAAAGUGGAAGUUUAGAUUUUUCAACAGAACUUUUAACACAGCUGGAAAUGUUACGUGAUUAUCGCGAAUCACUGGAUAGGGUCAGAGCAGAUCUAGUAGAAAAAGCUCAUCAACUUCAUAUAAAAGAGGAAUUGUAUAAUCGAGUGGCUGACACAAUGGGUCAACAUUUUAUGUUUUUGGCUGUACUGGCUGCUAAUCAUUUUAAAGAUCCUACUCAUAAAAUUCAAACUGCUCAACCCAAACCUCCUCCACCUAGAAAACGUCCGUUUGUUCGUAGUAUUUUUAAGCGAUGGGGAACUAAUGGUAAUCCAUGUUCUACACAUAAUGACUACGUUAAUUCAGCUACUUCGUCCACUAAUAAUUUCCAAGUAAAGGAUCUUAAACGGUCAAUUAAUUCUUCACAAUAUACUUCUAAUAAUCGUUCACAUUUGAAUGUAAAUACAAAUAAUUCUUCAGAUUUGAAUAAUUCUUUUUGUGAUGAAACUCAAUCGAUUUCGCGUGACACAUCCAGUCGAGUUGGUUGUAGUCAAGGUGGAAUACCUUUAAUUUCACCUCCCACAGAUAUGAAACAUGUGGUUCAUGUGGACUCAGAUUGGUUUACUGGUCAAGGAUUAUGCGAGUCAACGAUGCGGUUAUUUCCUUCUGCUAAAAUCACAAGCUCUUCACUGGGUUCAAAUACUGACAAAUAUCGUAAUAUGUCACCUGGUCAUUGUUACAGUCCUCAAAUAAGAACGUUUGUGAGCACUAAGUCGGAUAGUAAUAUGACAGAUAAAUCUAAUCCGAAGUCACCACGUAUUUAUUCUAGUGGAAAUAAUAUUACAGAUCUUCGAUCACGUGAACAGCGUUUUGUUGAUGUCCAACCAAACUCACAAAGAAAUUUGAAUCGGUUGCCUAGGAAACAAAAUUUUAUUCGGAAAUUUGAAAGUAAAAACAAUUUAGAUUUCCUACAAAAGUCAAGUAAUCACUCAGUUGGGUUUAGUAAUUUUUUCACGCCGAUUAACUCCUGUUGCUAUGAUACGAAUAAUGACUUACAUCGUAGUGAACAUUCUCAGAGUGGAUAUCAUCACUGUAGACCCAUAAAACCCAUCAUAGGAAUUGAUAAUCGUAUGCGUAAUAAUAAUAGUCCACCGUUUUUUGAAAGACGCCGUUCAGCUUCUGGACCGGUUACCUUUUUUACUCGGUAUCCUAAAAUCAACGAUCAGCUCAAGAGUAAUCCUGAUGAAAGUUUACUCGAAGGGAAACUUAACGAAUUACUUUGUAUUAUUUGUGACCCUUCUAUGCCGUUACUAACAUCUGGUUGUACUCAACAUUAUUAUGGAAGAUCUCUGUCUACUACAACACCCCCUACUGCUUGUUUUAGCUCAGAUAUUACUGAAAGCUCUUAUUUCUUGAACCCCACUGGAAAUUCAACUGUUGAAAAUGUGUUGUUGUCAGCAUUUCGUCUUCUAGCUUCCUUUUGUUUUUGGGGUGUUGAACCUGAUAUUGAUGACGGGAAAGCGAAUUCGUUAAUUCCUCUCUAUUCUACACCACGUUCGUCCAUAAUUUUGGAAAGAUUUAUCCUGUUUCAUAUUAUACCUCACAAUCGAGUCAGAGUUAUAGUAGACAGAAGAAUUCAUUGUCCUAUUGAAAAGCGCAAGUAUAAAUUUUCAAUUCAAAACACACGACGUAUACAGAGCGCUGAUCGUCGUCGCAAUUAUAAGUAUAAUACUUCUUUAAAAUGUCCUGUUUGUGUAAAUAUGGGCCUUGACUUUAUCCAUCCAUGUGAAAAGUUUCCAGAUCAUCAAGUUGAAUUCGGGGACCCACAUUCACCAUUUCUCGGUAUGCUGGCAGGAAGUGGAAGACGACCUAAUCUAUCUCCAAAUAUGAAGGAAAUAAAUCAUUCCAAUUUUCCAAUCAUCCCAUCAAAUGAAAUGAUUUCAAGUGAUAAGCGAGAAAACUAUUUCACUUUUCAACAUGAUAAUUUUUUGAAAGAUAUCAAUCAAAAAAUAGGUGGGCAACAACAGUGUAAGCAAAACAAGCGCAGUGAUAAUAGUAACAAUAAUUCCCAGCAAUAUACUCAUUGUAGUUUAUGUAAUAAUAAUCAAAUGGAAAUAGUUGAGAAAAAUGAAUCCACAGGUAACUUAAAUAAUGCAUUUUACUGUCCUCAUCUUUCUGUUUGCAUUGACUAUUGUCAAAAUAACACACGAAAUAAUGACAUAGAUGUAGCCACUAUUAAGACAACAUUGCCAUACAUACCGUCUUCACAUUUAGCACAAAGGUGGUCAUUUGAGCAUAGUAAAGAGUUACAUAAAGAUAUAUGCUCUUCAUUCUGUUCGUUUUUAUCGUGCCGAAAAUUGUCAAUUGAUUGUCAGUCGAGUAUGAUUUCGGAUUGUUUAAGGUCAGUAGAUAAACAUUCAGUAUCUGAGUCUUCUGGUCAUUCAAUCGAAAGAAAUUCUACUAAUCAGUUUUCUCAUUCUCUCGUAUCAAUGAAUCCUGUUGGUAUGUCACGUGAUGCGUACUUAAAGACAUCUCAAUCUAAUUCUCUCCAACGUUCCAGCGAUAAUCAAUCUUUUUCUAAUUCUGGUGUUUAUCCAAAUAUUCAUGCAUUGUUCAUUGAGAACGACUCAAAAUCUGAAUCUGGAUCAGAGUUUGAAAGUUAUGAUGAUGCAAAUGAAUUAGAUUAUCCCAAUUUUAUUUUACAUUCCUCUUCUUCACCUCCAAAACACUCUCAACAGCCCCAAAACUUUUAUUCACCUUCAAAAAUACAUUUAAAUGAUUCAGAUAAGCCCCCAGAAAAUAAUGACUACCCCCACAAUCUUAAUGUAAAUAUUGAUACCUGUCGAGAAGAUUAUGAUCGUGUAACUCUUGUGCCAGUUGAAUCCGGGGAACUAAGUAACGUAAUUCAACCAUAUUCAGAUAAUGAGGGAGAAAGAGAGCCUUUAGCCGAAUACUACAAUGGUAAUUCGACUACCAAAAUGACUGUAAAGAGGGUUCUUCAUCGAAGUCAAGCAAUUCGUGAGCGACAUAGACCUACAUUUUGACCCUUUUCCGAAACCGAUCACUUCCUAGCUGUGUAGACAGUGAUUGCUCGUGUUUGGAAUCCUGUUCAUUCGUCCUUUAUCCUUCGGAUAAUGGUGUCGAUGAAGUCUCUGAUUUUCCUCACAAGGCGAAAAGUUCCAAGAGUCCUUCUGGUCCAUUU